GCGUGCCGCAGCGAUGCAAUUCAGCUUUCCCCCACACCGCUCUGACGCAGCGCAGCAGCAGCAGCAGCAAUCCCUGUCCUUUCCUUUGAAUCGCCCUGAUUUAUAAUAUAAAAACUCUUACGUACGAAGCGAUCGAAUGUCUCGGAUAUGUUUCGCAUGUCGGGAAAGUAGCGAUGCAUGUCGAAGUGCAUGUACUGUUCGAGUCCCAACACCAUAUCUCUUUCUAUAUUAACCCCAAACCCUCUCUCAAAUCUUUCGUCGAAGAGCCUCUGCCCCGUUCCAUUCUUCUUCCUGUAAGCCAUGGAAGCUCUCUCUUUCCUUAGGCUCUUGUGGAGACCCGCCGCCGCCGCCACAAUGCCGGACGAGACGCGUAGCUCCGCCGCGAGAACGGACUACGCGUCCGACGACGAGGACGACGAGUUCUUCGAGCUGGAGCUCGCGCACUACGUCACCGACAGCGACUCCGAGGGCGGAACUGACUCCAGCGCUGCCGCUUUCGUUAAGUCCAACAACGGGAUGAGACAAACGAGCCCGGCCGAUGCGAAGACCCGCGACGCUUCGCGUUAUUUCUCGGCUGAUAAACCGGCCGUGACUCUGUCCCACCCUCCCACCGCUCCCUUUUCCAAGCGAAAGAUCCUUCCCGUGGAAUCGGCUUCCCAGCCUCAGUCUCCGAUCUCUCUUUUCAAGUCGUCUCCCAAGCUUCGAGUCCUGAUGUUCAGGAGGUCCAGGUCCAAGUCCGUGGCCGCCCCUAGCGCCAAGGCAGAGGAAACAGAGGAAACAGAGCUCAAGAAGAGCGCCAGCAGCAACAUCUUCUUUGCUGUCAAACCCAGAGAAGUGCAAUUAGCUCCUCCGGCGACCGAUGACCCUUCGAAGAACCAGAGCAAGAAUAAAGAAACCGCGGGUCCUUCGCAUGGUAAGCUCGUGGAGUGCUUGUUCUCCGACGAUUCUAGUUCGAAGCGUCUUUCGAAGGACGGGCUGCAGAAGUACUUGAAUCUGGUGAAGCCCCUGUCCGUGGGCAUCUCCAGGAGGUACAACGAAACCUUCAAGUUCCCUUCGGCCGAGUCGCCGCUGACGUCGCCCGCUUCGUCUCCGGCGGCGACGGCGGCGGUCUUUUCGCCGAGGUUGGGGAAGGGGUUUCGAGUGAGGCCGAAGCAGCUGCUGGGAAAGAGCAAGUCGGCGACUCUGGCGACGACGAGCGCGACCUCGUCGCCUGCGAGGAGGGAUGGCUCGCUGGAUCAGCAGCACGAUGGGAUUCAGGGCGCCAUUUUGCAUUGCAAGACAUCAUACUAUUCCUCGCGAGAUGGAUCCGUGCUAUGGCGGUCAGCAAGCGAUCCUUCCUCUCAUGGAAAGUCAACAGAUUCAGUCUGAGCUUCAACUCCGAAGCUGGCUUGGUGCUAAGCUAUACCCCAAAAGACAAUACAAGAAGCACGACAGAAGAUCAAAUAGGAACGAUGUUCUGCUCUGUUUCCGAGUCUUCGUUUUCCCUCAGGAGAAACAGAGCUAGAGCGUGUAGGACUUUAAGCUGCUGUAGUUUCUCAGCUUUUGUAAAUGUUCUUGAAAAAGCGGUCAAUGUUGUAACUUUGAUCGAUCAUGGACACGCUGGCUUGUAAAUGAUCAGUGUUAAUAGUG